UAGCGGGGUCAGAUGCCACCUGCCGUUGUUACGCGGCCAGCAACAAGGCAACUUUCUGCACAUGCUUCGUUCGUCAAUUCUCCAAGGUGUGCCUGUGCACACGGAUGAUUUGGUGCUCCAGGCAGCCACUCUACCUACCGUCUCUGCUCUGAAGUUCGCGAUGACCGCGACCACUCUCCGGUGCACUGUGCGGUAGCCUUUCAUCCGAUCACAGCUCCUUCCCGCGCGAUCACUUCCUCACCUGCUCGUUCUGCCGCUCGCCUUCAGAUUACAAGAUGAACAGCACCGACUUGAGCCUGGGCAGCAGGCCCAUGAGCGCAAAAGAGCUGACAGAGAAGGCGAAGGCAUUUGACUGGAACCCGCGCAUAGGCUUCAAGUACUGGGCUCGCGCCGCCGAAACCAUUCAUCAUGAGGGUCAAGUCUACUUGCGCGAAGCAAACAUUCCCCAGGCGUACCUCGUUCUCUAUCGCUACUCCGUCCUUGUUCUGGAUUACCUUCCCAAACAUCCCGAAGCUAAGGAACCCGAGGCAAAGAAAGCCGUCCGCCCACUACGGAAGCGCCUCCCCCGGGUAAUCGGGAUUCUGGAGGCGCUGCGACCGGACAUUGAUGAGAUGCACCAGAGAUGGGUUGAGAUCUCUAAGGUUGGUGCCUCGGACGCACCACAUCACAUACCGACCUCGCCCUACGCACGACAUGCUGCGAACGACCCGGCUCUGGCCUGGAACUACGCCUCGCCGGCGAACAUACUCGACGCGAGCGACUAUCAAGAUCUCGCCGUCGAUCUGGCCAGAAAGGAAAUGCGCAGGCGGAGGCGCGAAGCCGCUUCGCCAGAAGAGGACAUAGCACGAAAGCGCCCCACGUAUCUGGGAGACAAGGACGCCGCAAACGGGAGGCACGCGACGCAAUACAUGGACGAUGAUGAGCUUCGGAGACAAAUGGAGGAAACACGGCGUCAAUUAGAUCGAGCACACGAUUAUAGAAGCCGAGAACCCGAUGACGUUGGAGAUGUUGUUCAGCCUUCCACCUACUACUACCCAUCGAUCAGCAGAUCCUCGCCACUGCACUACGAGCGUCCACCUUCGCGCGACUACGAGCGUCCAAUUUCGCGCGGACGCGUAGAAGGCCCGAGACCACUGCCGCCCCGACCGCCCAAAGAACCUCGAGCCGAUCGGUCCCCUGUCAGGCCGACACCGCGACCGCGACCGGAGAGGGAGGAGGAGUAUCUUGAGCGAUCCGCCUCCCCGCUGCCGCCGCCACCUCGGCCGGAGAAGGAGCCGUUGCCUUCCGAGUUGCUCCAAGAUCUUGGACCAGGACCUGAUGGCGCACCUGUCCCCCCUCCGAAAGCCCCAACUGAGGUCCCCAGGCCAAAGAGAAUCACCUUCCGGCCCGCCGCCUAUCUCGAGAACGGUGACCCCAUCCGACCCGUCUUCUUACCAAGCGCAUUGCGGCAGCGGUUCUUGCGGAUCGCGGAGGACAACACCCGCCAAGGGCUCGAGAUGUGCGGCAUGCUCUGCGGCACCACGGUCAACAACGCGCUCUUCAUCUCGCACCUGGUCAUCCCCGAGCAGAGAUCCACGUCUGACACAUGCGAGACGGAGAACGAGUCGGCCAUGCUCGAUUUCUGCAUCGAAAACGACCUGAUCGUCAUCGGCUGGAUCCACACCCACCCGACCCAGACCUGUUUCAUGAGCUCUCGCGACCUGCACACCCAGGCCGGCUACCAGGUGAUGAUGCCCGAGAGCAUCGCCAUCGUGUGCGCGCCGCGCCACGAGCCCUCAUGGGGCAUCUUCCGUCUGACCAACCCGCCCGGCCUCCCGCACAUCCUCUCCUGCCAGCGGACCGAGACCUUCCACAGCCACUCGGUCGACAACCUCUACGUCGAGGCAGGGCACCCGCAGGGCCACGUUUAUGAGUCGAAGACCCUCGAGUUCGAAGUGUGCGACCUGCGGCCGGGGCAUUAGCGUCGCUUCGACGAGGACGAUGCUGCGGUAGCAGACCCCGCCCCGCUUCCGCCGCCUGCACGGUUUUUGCUGAGCGGCUGGUGGGCGGGAGCGGCUGAUUUUUUUUUGGACCGCUGGAAUUUGCACUUGCGAAUCGAUGCUUAUAUUCCGCGUGGAGUCAUGAGGCCCUUGGUUGUGGUGUUCUUUGCGAUGUGGUUGCUGUUUCGGGGCUGAUGGUGUGACUCCUUGCGGUGGAACCUCGCGAACAAAGCUGCAUGGCGAUGGCGUCUGGGUCAUACUUGGGAGAUUAGGGCUGGGGGUCCUGCUUGCAUUU